AUGGCGGAGCUGCGGGCCUGGGCAGGAUCCAGGGAGUUCCGCAGGGCCCCAAUCCGCACUGCGUCCCGCAGGGCCCCCACCAGCACUGCGAUGCCCGUCAGGGUGACCCAGGGGUGCCAGGAGCAACAGGAUAAGAGAACAAAGCCCAUGAAGCCUGCAGAGAGGGAUCAGAAUCCUUGCAGUGCUGUUUAUCGGCGACCCUACAGGGACAGGGUGAUUCAUUUACUUGCUCUGAGGACUUACAAGAAGCCAGAGUUACUUGCUCGCUUGCAGAGAGAUGGAGUCAUGCAAAAGGACAAGGGCACCCUUGCAAAGAUCCUUCAGCAGGUAGCCAAGUGGAAUGCAAAGGAUAAUUCCUUCAGUCUGAAGGAACAUCUAUUUCAAACCCUUCAGACUGAUUGGCCUGGCUACACUGAAAUAGACAGACAGAAUUUGAAGCUAAUACUUUCUGGAAAAUACGUAGCCAUUGUCUUCUUGGAGCAACACCAGCGCUACAAGGAUGACUUCAAUGCAGAGUAUGAGGAAUACCGGAAUUUACAUUCUCUGAUUGACAAGACCACAAAGAAGUACAGACAGUUUCAGGAGCAAUGGAAGUCUCUGAGUCCCGGCUCUGAAGCCUAUCAGAUGCUGCAUCAUCGAAUCCUAGCAGAGUAUCAGCAGUUACAACAGGGUAGCCCCAGCUACUCUGAAAUGAAGAGCAGGUGCCUGUACCUCCACAACAAGCUGGCCCAUAUUCAGAGCCGCAUUUCUGAAUAUGACCAGCAGUGA